AUGUCAUUCAUGUCAUUGUUUCAGCGUGAGAGGCCGGAGGAAGCAAUGCGAAAAUACAAACGUGGUCUAGACCGAACAGUGGUCGAAUUAGACAGAGAGAGGAACAAACUCCAGCAGCAGGAAAGCCGUACAACGAUCGAGAUGAAGAAAAUGGCCAAACAAGACCAAAUUGAUUCGGUCCGCAUUCUUGCCAGGGAUUUGGUACGCACACGAAAGUAUCAGCAGAAGUUAUACCGUAUGCGAGCACAGAUUCAAGGGGUGGCGCUGCGCAUUCAAACUAUGCAAUCCACCGCUCAAAUGGCCAGCGCAAUGAAGGGUGUGGCCAAGUCUAUGGCUAGUAUGAACCGGAGUAUGAAUCUACCGCAGAUGCAACGUGUCAUGCAAGAGUUUGAGAAACAAAACGAAUUGAUGGGGAUGAAAGAGGAGAUGAUGAAUGACAUGAUAGACGAUGUGAUGGAUGAUGAGGGUGAGGAGGAGGAUGAAACUGAAUUGGAGAUUCAGAAGGUUAUGGACGAGGCGGGGUUGGAGUUCAAAAACAAGGUUGGCGUGGCAGACAGCGCUCUGCCGAAACAGGGAGCCAAUGACGUAGGUGAAGAUAAAGAACUUGACGCGAGGGUAGCUGCUCUUCGGGCGGCUAUGAAGUAA